AUGGCCGCCUUCCAGAUCCAGGGUACCAUCAUCGCGCCGAAUCAGGAUCAGCUUCUUCCGAUCCGAAGUGGACACUCCUCAUCUCCCGAAUGUGAAGAUGGGGGGUCACAGUCGAAACUCCUUGUGUUCUCAUUGAAGAAUCGUCCACGGAUGACAAGGACCAGUACUCCGAGAACACGCAAUGGCUGUAGACAAUGCAAACGCCGACAUACGAAAUGCGACGAAACAAGACCAUCUUGUAAGAAGUGUGUGGCAAAGGGCCUGGUUUGCGACGGCUUGUGGGUGGUAUCUGCCGCCAAGUCACAGCCAACUGCCGAUACUCAGCCUAUCGUGCUGGUUCCGGCUACUUCCUCUUCUAGAGUGCCCGCGAUGCCGGGAUACGAAUCGGCUGCGUUCCGGAGCACGGCAGACUGGGACUAUUUUAACGCGUUCAUCUCCAUGUCCACUCAACGCGGGACACUCCCUGUGGUUGAGUUGAUCGAGCUCACUCCCCAGGUCUCUCGACAUCAUUCUGCCUUGCGCGACAUGUGCUGUGGUAUCGGUGCAAUAUCCAGCUCCUACCAGGUUCUUGAUGGAGCCGAGUUCUUCGAAGCGACUCAGUACCGGAAAUCAUUAAUGUAUUACCAUUCGGCCAUCAAAACCCUCCAAUCGAUCAAGACUACAGGAAGAGAAAAUAUGAAAUGGAUCAUUCUUGCCUCCUUGCUCUUCCUCACAUACGAGUUGAUGCAUGGUGACUUGGAGGCCGCGUUCACCCAUUUCAAUCAUGCCCAUCACAUGCUAGAGCAGUACCUCGCGCGGAAAUGCAAGGAAACUGGACUGCCAUUCUCUGAGCUCCCGCUUGACAAAGUUGAGUCGGCAUUGUUCGAUAUACUGCAACGUCUCAUCACUUACCCAUGGUCUUUCGACAUGUCCUCCACUUCCAAACCCAGGCUUGAUCCAGCCCUGACAUUUUGCUGUCGUGGCCGCGAACACAGGUAUCUAGUGGAUGACAUGCCCAAAGAGUUUGAUACAGUUCCUCUGGCAUCAAGGUGGUGGGAUAUUACGCAACACUUCAUCCGGCAUCAUAUCCAUGGACGGGAAAAUGGAAAGGGUGGCAGAGACGGCACGCUUCAUACUUCUUCCUCGGACGAUUGGACCAAGUGCCUUGACACUGUGCUGAAAUGGCGCUCAAGUUUUCUCCCUUUGCUCAGACGAGGGCGGGAAGGGAAAGACACAGACUCUGCCCUGUAUCUACAGGUCACUACAUUGGAAAUCCUCUACAUGGAAAAUGUAGCGUUUGUGCACAGUUGCCGAGAGAACGACACGGCCGUGCAGCCUUCCCUUAGUCCUCUUUACCUUGACCUCGUCAAACAGACACAGGCUCUGUGCAAAGGCAUUAAGCUUGAUGGGAUCGAGACCAGGGCGCUAGAAUAUUCCUUGAUGCGACCUCUCGCAUUUGUCGUGUACAAAUGCCGAAACAGCGAGGUUCUGGCGGAAGUGGAGGAGACAAUCAAAUACGUCAACAACGACUCAGGGGCUGUCGUGGCUCUGAGAGCUUUGCUGAGUACAACGCAAAAUAGAGAAUUCCGGCUGAGGGCUGUUGAGCGAUCAUGGGCAUGGUAUUUUACCUGUGUAGGGUGUGGUUCAGGCAACCUUGACAUGCUUCGUUAG